UUUUUUUAGUUCAUCAGUUGAAAAAUGGCACAACGGACGUGGCAUAUGUUUACGGUUGUAACAUUAAUAUUUACAGUUUUAUCACUUGUUGGCGAUGUUUUAUCAACAUCAGCGGCGCCAUGGUAUGAAAACUUACCGGCAGUUACCAUGGAUUAUAAAGUUCACAUCGACGCCGGUAAAGAGGAUUGUUACUUCCAAUAUGUUCAACCGGGUGCUACAUUCUAUGCCAGUUAUCAGGUUUUGAAAGGCGGUGAUGGUAUGUGUGGUUUUGCUGUACGUCAUCCCAAUGGGCAUAUAGUGCAUCCGUACGAGUGGAGGCAAAGCGCGGAGUAUGCGGACCAGUCGUCAACGGGUGGCUACUAUGCAGUAUGUAUCGACAACCAAUUCUCGAGGUUCGCCGGGAAGCUGGUCAAUUUGUACUUGUCAGUGAUAAGAUACGACAUGUGGGAGAAGUACGCUAAAGAAGUGGAGGAGCUGGAUAUGAAUAUAAAGAAUUUUACUAGUUCAAUACAAUUUGUGGAGAGAAAUAUAAAUGACAUUUUACAGUACCAAUAUCACUCCAGGGCUCGGGAGUCUAGGGACUAUAAUUUACUGCAAGACAACAAUACUUAUGUUCUCAGAUGGUCACUGGUGCAAAUAAUGGCCAUUGCGGCGACAGCCACACUGCAAGUUUAUUUUGUAAGAAAACUCUUUGAUAUAAAAGACAACUCCUCCAAGACCAGGAUAUGAUUUGAACUGUACCAUGUUAAGGAUGAUCUAUGAAUUGUUAUCUCGCCAAUUAAGUGACUGAAUGUUUAAUUCCACUGUAUUCUCUGUUUGCGUUUCUCUGAUCGAAUUUUCUGAUCUCUUUUUUAAUGACUUAUAUUUAAGUUUAUGAUUAAAGCAUAAUAUUAGGGGAUAAGGAGAAGGGGCAAGAGUGACAAGCAUUUUAUAAGGUGCACAAUAAUAAUUUAUCAUUAUAAUGUUGGGUUUGAGUAGACAAUGGUUUCAUUAUAGGUUGUUAUACAAAUCUUUUACUGCGAGACACACACACACCGUUUGGUGAGACAUUGGUCUGUUAUACACACAGAUGUAUAAACUUGUUAUCAUCACAACUAUUAUUGUGUUGUAGUAAUAUGAGCAUUUAUUUUUUUAUAUAAUAUAUAAUGUGGUGUGCAUUUGAAUUUGGCUUAUUGUUAAAAUGUUUAACGGCGUUCUUUUUAUGACUAAAGUCGGUAUCCAUUAUUUCGCCCGCACGGAUCUUUUGUUCUUAUGGGAAUUUUGGGAAAUCUUCCUAGUGCCCAUUUACGAUUAUAUAUAUUUCAUAUUUUAAGACCAAGCAAACAUUGAUUAAUCUUUUUAUAUUUACAGAUAUGUACAAACAUAAUUCGGUCAGGCCUUUAAUAUGUCAAUUUUGUCAUAGACUUACACCACUUGCUCUAGAUCGUUUGUCGCCAUUUAUUUUUGAUUCCAUGAUACUUAUUAAGACUCCUCAGAAGCCUGAGAUUAACAUUUCAAUGAUCUGCUUAAUUUAAAUUAAUUUUAAUUCCAUUUUUAUGUUUUACAAUUUUUUUUUUAUUAUUUUAUUUGCUAUAGCAUAGUAAGGAGCAAAUUUUUUAUUUAUUUACACAAUACGUUUUACAUUUUAUAUGACAUUUUUUUACCUGUGUCGAAAAGAAAGAAAUUAUUUGUACUAUGAUCAAGAUUUAAUGUACUGAAAUAAAGAGUACUUAAGUAACGUU